UAAUCAAAGUUAAUAAUGAGUGAUAAACAAAUAAAACAUUUGAUUAAGAAGCGAGCCAUAAUUAAGGGAAAGCUUACUGGCUUUAGUAGUUAUUUGAAAUCGCUUGCAAAUAGCAAACAAACUGAUGAAUUACAAACACAAAUAGAACUUCAAUUGCGUUUGGAUAGAAUUGAGAGCUUAUACGAUGAUUUCGAUGCUUUUCAGAGUGAGCUGGAUGAGUUGUCGGAUAUGCCUGAGGACGAGGCAAGAGAGCGUGAGGCCUUCUAUUCCCAGUACUACUCUCUCGUGUCUGCCGGUCGUGCCUUGAUCCAGAGUCAUAGCAAGCUGUCGCCCCCUGCGCAGGACACUGUGUCACCGGUUUGCUCUGAAGUACAUUCACACAGACGUAAGGUUGUUGAAUUACCUAAGAUAGACUUGCCACAUUUUAACGGUGAAUAUCAGUACUGGCUUGGCUUUAGGGACACGUUUAAUUCUUUAAUUCAUUCGGACAAUACUCUUGAUAAUGUGAAUAAAUUUCAUUACCUCCGGGCUUCUUUGAAGGGUAAUGCGUCUUUGAUUAUCUCGGGUUUAGAUUUUUGUGCCGAUAAUUAUGAGGUUGCCUGGAAAACUCUAUGCGAACGAUAUGAUAACAAACGUCUUCUAGAAAAUCACCAUUUGAAUUCUUUGUUCAAAAUAGGAUCCAUACAAAAGGAAUCUAGUGUAGGCCUGCGCAAUUUGAUCGACACAAUAAAUAAAAAUUUAAGAGCAUUAUCUAACUUAGGCCAACCAGUCCAAUACUGGGAUACAUUAAUCAUUUUUAUGAUGUCUUCUAAAUUGGAUAAUGUCACAAAUAGGGAGUGGGAAUUCCAUAGGAACAACUAUAAAAAUCCCCCCACAUUGGAAAAUUUCACUAAAUUUCUUUCUGACAAAGCAGAUCUUUUAGAAACUUUAGAUACAGCAAAGAUGGAUAGCUAUAAAUCAGAUAUCAGUCUUAACAAAUCCAAAACUUUUGCGAUUUUACCGAGUAAAUCAUUAUCAUGUCCCCUCUGUAAAAAAGGUCACGCGCUGUUUCAAUGCGAAUCAUUUAGGAUGCUACCGGUUGAGAUGAGAAUUCAAAGAGCGAGAGCGUUUGGAGUUUGUUUGAAUUGUUUACGUUUCGGUCAUACUGAAACCAAGUGCAAGUCUUCUCAUUGUAAAUACUGUACCAAAAAUCAUAAUACCUUAUUGCAUACAGAAGAGUCACCUUCUCAAAGCGUGGCACUGUCGUCUAGUGAGGUUCAUUCUAAUUCUCAUCAAACUUCUACUGUUCUGCUUUCAACAGCUUUAGUUAAGGUCCUUGAUAUCAAUGGAAAGCCGUAUGCUGCUAGAAUCUUGCUUGAUAAUGGAAGUACCAACAAUUUCAUAACACUAAAUUUCGCUGGUAAGCUAAGACUUAAUACUAUUUCCGCUGAAACUAAGGUGUCUGGUAUCAACAAUCAACUUCACAAUAGUUCACGGUCGUGUUCUCUUACAUUGGAGUCCUACUUUAGUGACUAUAGGGUGAAGAUUGAUUGCAUAAUCUUACCUACCAUUACAACACUUAUUCCUUCUACCUAUGUUAAUUUAAGUAAUAUACAAAUACCAUCGGGUGUUGCAUUAGCUGAUCCGUCAUUUCACAUUCCUUCUGUAAUAGACAUAUUGGUAGGUGCAGAAAUAUUUUGGAAUGUGAUCGGAACAAAUCGCAUAAAUUUAGGCAAAAAUAAGCCCACACUUUUUGAAACUAAACUAGGCUGGCUUGUUUCUGGUUCUAUCAUAGAUAAACAUUACGAUAACGAUCAACAACCUAUAUGUAUGUUAAGCAACAAUUUAGAAUUUGACCUUACUCGUUUCUGGGAGCUUGAUUCUGUUUCUUCUAAGCAUAUUUUUUCCCCAGAAGAACGCGCAUGCGAGGAACAUUUUGUAAAGACUACAAAACGCAAGGCAGACGGACGCUUUGUUGUUACGUUGCCUCUAAAGGAAUCCCCCACGAUCUUAGGGGACUCCUAUCAUCUGGCUGAGCGUAGAUUUUUAUCCUUGGAGCGUAGACUGGACCGAGAUACUACUAUGAAACAGCUUUAUAUGGAAUUUAUGAAAGAGUACCUCGCCCUUGGUCACAUGACAGAAUCUCAAACAAAUGGAACUGUUUCUUGCUAUUUACCACACCACGGUGUUUUGCGAGAAUCGAGUUCUACUACGAAGUUGCGUGUUGUUUUCGAUGCUUCGGCGGUAACAACGUCAGGUGUUUCACUGAAUGAUAUUUUAAGAGUAGGGCCAACACUACAAGACGAUUUAUUAUCAAUCUUAUUAAGGUUUCGACAGCAUAAAUACGUUGUGACUGCUGACAUCGAAAAAAUGUACCGACAGACGGAAGUCUGUGAACACCAGCGCGCACUUCAACAAAUUCUAUGGAGGUUCCAUCCCUCUCACCCCAUAAAAAGAUAUCAGCUCAAUACUGUCACUUAUGGUACAUCGUCGGCAUCUUUUCUUGCUACCAGAUGUUUACAUCAGUUGGGUCGGGAGUCUGCAGAUCCAGAUAUAAAACGAGCAAUCUGUAAGGAUUUCUAUGUCGACGAUUUCUUGUCGGGUCAUAACACUAUAACCGAAACGAUUUUACUAUGUCAGGGGGUAAGUCGUGCUUUAACGUCGGCUCAGUUGAAUUUGCGUAAAUGGCAUUCAAAUAACAAUAAGGUGUUGCUCGCUAUUUCCGGCCAAUCUGACGUGUCUGGAUCCGUGGACCUUAGCAAUGACUAUCUGUCUAAAACGUUAGGGUUGUACUGGACGUGCUCGGCGGAUACUUUGUCAUUUCCAAUCUCUAUUCAAUCGAAGGACGUUGCCAAUAAGCGUUUUAUUUUAUCAACUAUUGCUCAGAUAUUCGAUCCUCUUGGCCUUGUUGCGCCUAGUAUUGUAGAGGCUAAACUAUUGAUGCAGCAAUUGUGGAAGGAAGGGUGUAGCUGGGAUGAGCCUGUUCCGGCUCAUAUUGGAAGGAUUUGGUCUGAUUUUGUUACUUCAUUGCCAACAUUAAAAACCUUAAGUAUACCAAGGUGUGUUAUUUCUCAAACACCAACUAACAUACAACUGCACAUAUUUACAGAUGCUUCUGAGAGGGCGUACGGCGCAUGCAUAUACAUUAGAUGCUUAGACGUUGAUGGCACUGUUAGUAUCCGCCUUCUUGCUUCUAAAAGUAAGGUGGCUCCAUUGAAAACGGUCAGUAUUCCCCGAUUAGAACUUUGCAGUGUACUACUGGGAGUGAGACUGGGUAUCAAAAUCUUGGAAUCUUUAACAAUUACAUUUAAUAAAUGUAUAUUGUGGUCAGAUUCCACAAUCGUGUUGUGUUGGCUCAGAUCUUCUCCAGGUCAACUGAAACCAUUUGUGCGUCAUCGUGUUUCCGAGAUACAGGAGGGUUUUUCCAAUUACGAAUGGCGUUAUAUUCCUUCAAAGGACAAUCCAGCAGAUAUCGCUUCACGAGGUUUAAGGGCGGACAUUCUUAGUAAAUCUUCCUUAUGGUGGUCGGGGCCUUCUUUUCUUCAAUCAGAGCCAAGAGAUUGGCCAAUCCAACCUAAACAAGAAAUACAAUUUUCCGACUUACCAGAGACAAUUGGAUGCUUACAUGUUGUUCAGGAGAGUAAUAUAUUUACAGAAUUAAUUACAAGGUUUUCAGUAUUUUCAAAAUUACAGCGUGUUGUUUCAUUCAUAUUCAGAUUUAUCAAUAAUUGCCGUGGUAAGUCCGAAAAAUUAAGUGGUAAUAUAACAAUUGAUGAACUUGGUAAUGCCACUAAUUUUCUCUUGAGGAUUGCUCAGCAGGAUUCCUUUCUAGAGGAAUAUCAGUUACUUAUAAAUAACCAAAACUUGCCUUAUAAAAAUAGACUUUUGUCUCUUUCACCAUUUAUUGACGAUAAUAAACUUAUGAGAGUCGGUGGCAGACUCGCUAACACUAAUUACGAUUUUAAUGUCAAGCAUCCUAUAUUACUUUGUAGUAGGCAUCCUUUGUGCAGGUCUCUUUUCGUAAUGCUGCAUAUUAAGUACUUACAUUCAGGUCCUCAAUUAUUACUAGCCACAGUAAGGCAUAAUUAUUGGGUGUUAGGAGGUACUAAGUUAGCAAAGAGCGUCGUCCGUUCAUGCGUUAAAUGUUGUAGACUUAGGGGAAAAACACUUCAACCGAUUAUGGGUAAUUUGCCUCAACAGCGUGUUACUUUAGAAUUUCCUUUUCUUGAUACAGGUGUAGAUUAUGCCGGGCCAGUAAUGAUAGCAAACCACAAGGGAAAGGGUUGCAGGCAUAUAAAGUCCUACAUUUGUGUGUUUGUAUGCUUAGCAACAAAGGCGUUGCACUUAGAACUUGUUUCGGACUUGACGAAGGAAGCUUUCAUAGCAGCUUUAAAUAGAUUUAUAUCCCGUAGAGGUAAACCGCGAAACAUUUAUUCAGAUAAUGGGACUACAUUUGUUGGUACAUUCCAUGAGCUAUCUACACUUCUCAAGCGGCUUUCACCGGCAGACACGACUGAGGAAGGUAUAAGGUUUACAUUUAUUCCAGCUUAUGCUCCUCAUUUCGGCGGUUUGUGGGAAUCAGCCGUUAAAUCUGUUAAGCAUCAUUUACGACGUGUUUUGAGUCUGACGUUUCUAGACUACGAGGAAAUGAAUACCUUAUUAAUUCAAGUGGAGGCAAUAUUAAAUUCACGUCCCCUUACACCUUUGUCCGACGAUCCUUCUGAUCUUUGUCCUUUAACACCAGCUCAUCUCCUUAUUGGACGAUCUCUUUUAUUCGCACCGCAGUCUGUGAUCACUGUCACUAAAAUAUCAUCUCUUGCAAGAUUCAACAGAAUCCAAGUACUCAAGCAACACUUUUGGAAUCGAUUUUCUAAUGAAUAUGUCACUUUACUUCAGCAGAAAACAAAGUGGAUGCAAUCGCAGGAGACGUUGAAGGAGGGUGCCUUGGUUGUGAUAAAGGACAAGUCCAGUCAACCAAUCAUGUGGUUGCUGGGGCGAAUUCUUCGAGUGCUUCCGGGUGAAGAUGGAGUUGCAAGGGUGGCAGACAUUCGCACCAGGAAGGGCGUAAUCAGACGGGCCUUCAAUAUGAUUUGUCCCCUGCCGACUGUAAAUAUUGAAGAAGACUCUUCAACGCGGGGAGUAUGUAUGAGUACGUGCGCGCCUGAUGAUCGCGUAGGGCGCGGGCGACGCGAAGGGGCGGGGAGUGCCGGCGACGAUGCGAGCGCAGCGCCGACGUAUUAAAAUUGUCAUUCGCGACGCCGAGCCGUCAACAUCAAUAUUUUCUUUAUCCGCGACGCCAAGCCAUCCAUAGUUUUAUAUAUUUUUAUAAUUUAAACUACAAUAUACAUCUAGAAAAAAUACAGUCCACUUUUAUUAACCAGCAUCGGGUACCAGUUUUCCCUAACCAUUAC